GUAGUCUUUCCUGUUGUAUCCGGGCAUGCCAGGCGGUGCUGUGUCUCUAGGCCAGCGUGGGCCCGCCACUCCAUGGCUGGGGUCUGGGCCGAGGCCAGGUGUCCCCUCACAGGAUCAGUUAGGCUGAAAAGUUCUUGAAAAUCAUCGAAUCCAGCCUGUGAUCCAGCACCACCAGGUCACUUAGACCAUGACACCAAGUACCACAUUCAGUCUUAAGCACUUCCAGGGGUGGUGACUCCAGGAGCUCCCUGGGCAGUCUGCUCCAAUUCCACUCUCUGUUUCUAUUAAGAAAUGUUUCCUAGUGACCAACCUAAACCUUCCCUGGCCUAGCUGAAGACGAUAAGACAAUGUCCCUGCAAGUGUCACUGUGGCAGGGAGGGGGGCUCUGCCUCAGCAUGGAGCACUCCCCGCCAUGGAUGACACAGCAGGCCCUUUAUCACAGCCAAGGCAGCCACAGCUCUCCACCUCAAGCUGCAAAAGGCUUUAUCUGAGGAACUGUCUCCUCACACAAGGGGAAAAAGUGUAACUGAGGGACUCUGGGAGAUGUGUGACCUGAGCAGCACUGUCAUGCUUAUGGGAAAGAAGAGAAAAUGAAGAAAUCUGACUGGAGAAACAGGGAGAUGGUGACUGUGACAAGGAGCAAUCCCAGCUGGGGCUGUGCUGUGCAGUUCAGGACUAGAGAGUUCCCUGACACUCAAAGGAACUGCCGAAGCAAGAGUGAUCUUCCUGUCUCUAUCAGCACCUGGCUUCCCCAUGUGGAUUUACUUUUCUCAAAACUGAUUUGUACAAAAUGUUUUUCAGCUGUAACUGUCAGGAGCAACAGAAUGAGCUGAGGAAGCCAUGGCAACAACAGCUCCCAAUCCUUAGGGGUGAUUUCCAGGGUUCCUCCAGCACUGCCUGCAGCCGAAGGGCCCCGAGCUGUGCAUGGAUGCCUCACGCAGCUGUGCUGAGAGCUGCACGUGGGUACAGGCACCCACAUGCUCUCGCUGGAUCAUGCCCUUAGCUUGUGUGUCAGGGCUGCAUUAAUUUCCUGCCUGGAUCCUCCUCACCGCUGCAGAUGAGGACACUCUAUUUUCUCUUCACCCUGUGUAACUCCUAUCUCUGUACAGACCAGAGAGAGUCUGGAGCUGAGAGGUGGCAAUGGUAUGGAUUCUGUAACAAAGAAAACGAGGCAAGAUGGAUCAGAAGUUACUGAAAGACUUAUUACAGAGACUGUAACCACAAGACUCACAUCCUUGCCACCCAAAGGAGGGAGCAGCAGUGGGCUCAAAACAUCAUCCCACACUGGAGGGAGUGGAGUGGAAAAGCGGUCGUACACCCAUGGAAGCAGCUAUGUCACCUCAAGUGGAAGUGGUAGAUUGAAUUCAACAUCAUCGUCCUCCAGCUACAGACAAGCACAGUCUCCCAGCUCUACUCUCACCAAAUCACCUGGCUCAACAUUUGAAAGAAAAACCUAUGUCAACCGCCAUGCAACAUAUGAAGGGAGCUCCAGUGCCAACUCUUCUCCUGAGUUUCCCAGAAAAGAUUUUGCAUCUGCCUCUACAAGAGGGAGAAGCCAAAGCCGAGAGAGUGAAAUACGAGUCCGACUGCAGAGCGCAUCUCCCUCUGGCAGAUGGACGGAGUUGGAUGAUGUGAAACGGUUGCUGAAAGGAAGUCGAUCUGCCAGCUGCAGCCCUACUCGGUCAUCAUCCGGUACACUCCCGAUACCGAAAAAGGCUGUGGUGGAGACGAAGAUGGUCACUGAGAGCUCUCAGUCAGUGUCAGGGACAUAUGACACAACCAUACUGAAUACUGCGCUCCCUUCAUACAUGUGGUCCUCCACUCUGCCUGCUGGGUCUUCCCUUGGUGGAUACCAUAACAGCUCUUCCUUGAUCAAUGCCAUGUCUCACUCUACAGGAUCAGUUUUUGGUGUUCCAAAUAACCUGGCUCCCAGCAAUCAUACUCUGAAUGCAGGCCUGAGUUCUUCCUCUACAGUAUUUGGAGUUCAAAACAACCUGUCUCCAAGCUCUUCCUCUGCAACCCAGAAUGCUACAGCAGCCUCCACAGCAUAUGGGAUGAAGAACACUUCUCAGAGCAACACCAUGGCAAGUACUGGUGUGUCUGCCUCAGCAGGAGGAACUGUUUUGAGCUCCCAGGGAGACGACGUUCUGCGCAAAGACUGCAAGUUCGUGCUGCUGGAGAAGGAGAAGGCACCUGCAAAGGAGAUGGAGCUCUUGGUCAUGACAAAGGACACUGGCAAAGUCUUUAGUGCUUCUAACACUGGGCUUAGUGGAGGAUCUUUUGCAGAAGACACCUUGAAGAAAGAGAAGCAGGGAUUUUCCUCCUCUUAUGCUACAGAUACUGGCCUAAAAUCAGAUGCAAAUGGAGGGCUGAAAUCCAUGCCAAAACGGGACAAAGAAACUUAUGCAGAAAUACGAAGUGGUGAUGCAGGAGGUGCAAUUGGAUCAGCACCAUCCUGGUGUCCCUGUGGUUCCUGCUGUAGCUGGUGGAAGUGGCUCCUGGGUUUGCUUCUAGCCUGGUUGUUUCUCCUUGGAUUGCUUAUUGGACUCAUUGCUCUGGCUGAAGAAGUGAGAAAGCUGAAAUCUCGUGUGGAAGACCUGGAAAAAAUCAAUGGUGGCCUCCUGGCAAUUAACCAAGGGAAUUCAAAAAUAGAAAAGGAUGUUUCAAGAGUAGACUUUCUUCACGCAAACUCACCCUCCUUGACCUUCCCAUAUGAAAAUGAAGAGUCAGUCUGGUUGAUGGUGAAGAGCAGACUGAAUAAGGAAAUAGAACGAGGCUACUUCCGAGGGGAGAGAGGAGAACGUGGUGAGAAAGGUGACAUGGGAAUACAAGGUCCCAAAGGUGAUCGAGGACUUCCUGGUGUCCCAGGCAUUCCUGGUCCAAUUGGGCAUGCAGGACCAGAAGGACCAAAAGGACAGAAGGGAAGCAUGGGUGAGCCUGGCAUGGAAGGUCCCAUGGGACAAAGAGGUAGAGAAGGGCUCCCAGGGCCUCGAGGGGAGCCAGGACCACCUGGAUUUGGAGAAAAAGGAGACAGAGGUGCUAUUGGUGAGCCAGGUCCUCCAGGGCCUCCUGGACCCCCAGGUUCUACUGGCCUAAAAGGUCUGAUGGGUUCUCCAGGCCCACAAGGUCCUCCAGGUCCUCCUGGCCUACAAGGAUUUAGAGGUGAAGCAGGACUCCCAGGUGCUAAAGGUGAAAAAGGAGCCAGUGGACCCCCUGGACCCAAAGGUGAUCAGGGUGAGAAGGGUUCUCGUGGAAUGACAGGUGAACAAGGCUCAAGAGGAAUACCUGGACCUCCUGGAGAGCCAGGGGCUAAAGGACCUGCAGGACAAGCUGGUCGUGAUGGACAGCCAGGUGAAAGAGGUGAACCAGGUCUUAUGGGAAUGCCAGGUGCCAGAGGCCCUCCAGGACCCACUGGAGAUGCUGGAGAGCCAGGUCUUACAGGACCUCAAGGACCACCAGGACUUCCAGGCAACCCAGGCCGACCAGGGGCUAAAGGAGAACCUGGAGCUCCAGGAAAAGUCAUAAGUGCAGAGGGUUCAUCAACAAUUACUCUGCCAGGCCCACCAGGGCCCCCAGGCCCACCUGGCCCCACUGGUCCUCCAGGUGUUCCAGGUCCUGUUGGACCAGCUGGUCUCCCUGGACAGCAAGGUCCACGGGGUGAGAAAGGAUCCCCAGGUGAAACUGUGAUAGAAACCAUCAGAACAGAAGUCUCAUCAUUAGCAUCUCAAAUGCUGGGAGAUUUACAAGGGCGAGCAGGACCACCAGGUCCCCCUGGGCCACCAGGUGAAUCUGUGCAGGGACCCCCUGGACCUCGUGGUCCCCCAGGAGAAGGAUUGCCAGGACCUCCAGGCCCACCAGGGAGACCAGGAUCAUCCAUGUCCACCUCAGAAGCAUUCUUGACAGGCCCACCAGGUCCACCAGGACCACCAGGCCCGAAGGGAGACCAAGGAGAACGAGGUCCACGGGGAUUCACAGGAGAACCGGGUGAUCCUGGCCUUUCAGCAUUCUCCUCCCACGGUGAAAGAGUCACCAUACAGGGACCUCCAGGCCCACCUGGCCCACCUGGACCAAAAGGUGAUGCGGGUGUCCCAGGCGCACCUGGCAUCCCAGGAGCAUCUCGAGGUGGAUCCAGACAAAUUCAGGGACCCCCAGGACCUCCUGGGCCACCUGGUCCUCCUGGCCCAAGUGGAGGUUCAUCUCAAGAGAUUCAGCAGUAUGUGACUGACUACCUGAAGAGUGACAACGUCAGACAUUAUUUCACUGGUGCCCAAGGCCCACCAGGCCCUCCAGGCCCACCUGGACUUAUCACCACUGCAGAUGGGAUGACCUUGGAUUAUGCAGAGCUGGCUACCCGUGUCAUGAGCUAUAUGACAAGCUCUUCAGGUCGCUAUGAGUCAUUUUCUAGCUCAGUAUCCACUACAUCCCUUUUGUACCAAGAACUUCUGGACUUGCUGCAAAGAGAAGAAAUUCGUCAGUAUCUCAUUGGACCUCGGGGCCCACCGGGACCUCCUGGGCCAGGGGGAGAUGGAAUGUCUCUGUCACUGGAUUAUGAUGAGCUGACCAGGAGGUUUAUCAGCUACUUGUCAAGUUCUGGGAUGAGCAUUGGACUGCCUGGACCACCUGGGCCUCCAGGGUCACCUGGCAUAUCUUACAGUGACCUGACAGCGUACCUGAGAAACUCUGAAUUCAGUGGUGUUGUUGGGCCCCCUGGUCCUGCAGGCCCCCCAGGACCUCCAGGGAUCCCUGGAUCACCUGGCACCUCUCUGGAGGACAUCUCUGCCUACCUUCAAAAUGUUGGAUACUCUUCCCUUUCUGGAGUCCGGGGCCCACCUGGCCCUCCUGGCCCUCCAGGACCACCAGGUUUCUCUGGAACCGGCCUCCUGUCCUAUGCUGACAUCACCAACAGCGACGAGUUCAGGAGUGAGCUGAUCCAGUACCUGAAGAGUGAUGAAGUUCGAAGCUACAUCUCAGGACCCCCUGGACCCCCUGGGCCACAGGGACCACCAGGACCCAAAGGAGACAGUGGCUUUGUGUCUGGGUCUAUGUCUUCAUCAUACCAAGGGUUACGAGCUUCUGAGCACUUACAUGGAGGAUCCCUUGGUGCUGAGGGCUCCCACGGGGGCUCACUGGGCACAGGCAGCUCAUAUGGCAGCUCCAUGAGCAGCAGAUCCUCUUACCACGCCUCAGUGGGCAGCGAUGGCACUUACGAUGCCUCCAUGGGCACUGAUGGGGCUUUCGACGGGCUGCUGACAGAGGAGGAAUCACACAGGAGAUCAGCAGGGUCAAGCAGAUCCUACAGCAACUCCUUCACUGGUUCACUGGAUUACAACGAGCUGGCACUCCGUGUGUCAGAGAGCCUGCAGAGUCGAGGUAUUCUCCAGGACCUGAUGUCUUACACAGCACAGGGACCUGCAGGUCCCCCAGGCCCUCCUGGUCCUCCUGGCAUCAGCAAGGUCUUUGCAGCCUAUGGCAAUGUCACCGCAGACCUCAUGGACUUCUUUAGAACACAUGGUGCCAUCCAGGGGCCACCCGGUGAAAAGGGAGAGAGGGGUUAUCGUGGACCCAAAGGUGACCCUGGGCCGAUGGGCCCACCAGGACGACAAGGGCACAGGGGACCAAAAGGAGAGAAGGGAGAGAAAGGUGAACAACUUUAUGUUGGCAGAAGAAAAAGAAGAGCUGCUGGUGUUUAAGGAAAGAGGUAGCUCAGUUUUGCACAGGGCAACAUUCCCAGCAGCCUGUAGAAAAUUAGCCUGAGUCUUCACUGCCUUAAUGCUAAAACAUCCUCACUGCUCAGCUGACCCCUUAGAGUUGAUAGUUCAGAUCUGAAUGUCUCUUGUGUGUGUCCAGCAUGGCCCUAGUGUGGGUGUUUGCUCCUUUUACUGAUGUUUGGCUUCAUGCCCCUGAGCUCCCAGGCUGAUGUCCUUGGGAUGACAAGGGCUUCCUGUCUUACCUAGUCCAGGUUUCUUGUACUACUCCCAGAUAUGUAAAAACCUGAGUUUUUUAACAACUAGCCAACUAUGCAGAAAAAAGAAAACAAUCCCAUCCCUACCAAACGUACAGUUUGUCAGGGAUCAGAUGCAGCCCACAAGGUCCUGUGAAAGACCUUGGUCUUGCUCCACCCUGGGAUUCCCUCUCCACAAGCUCUGCCAACCCCAAGUGGAGCCCGUUUAUAGCAGCACAGCGAGACAGGACACACAUGGGGCCAAACCAAAGCACUUUUAAACGUAAUUUGUUUAUCUCUUAAAAGUAUUUUUAUAUUUUUUUCUGUUUUUUUAAACACUGGUGAAAAAUAAUCUUUAAUGUAAACAGCCCAAUUAAAGUGUGUUUUUAACCCCAUCCCUGAACUAUUGAGGAUGGCUGUUCUGUGCUUGCAGGUUGGUGUGGGCAGGGUGAGGCACCUGAGAUGGGUCUGAGGUACAAUGGUAAAUACAAUGGCACAACAUUAAAUACUUUAUACUCAGUUGUUUUACACAUUGUAAAUCAUCCCCUUCCCUCAAACACCUGUACAAAUCACUUGUAUUUCAUGCAAGUUUUCCAUCAACAAAACUCAGACGAUCUCAGCAAACUGUGAUUUUAUUGUAUUUACAGCAGAAUUAUUACAAUAUUCUACAGAAAGCCAUGAAAUCAAAUUACUUUGAAAAACAAGACAAAAAAAAUCUCCCAAAACUGUUGUAUGGCUGCUACUGCAAGUUCACUUCCACAAGCUGUACAGAGACCCUUAGCCAAUUAUUCAUCCAUCUCAUGAUUUUUGGUUGCUUUCUGUAAGGCAAAAAUAACUUGGUUUGCAGAUAAUACAAAACAUUCAACAAACCACUGGGAGAGCUCGAGGCUGGCGGUGCCUCAGGCGCGUGUUUUGUCACAGGAUGCUCCUGCUCUGCUUGGCUUCCUGACAGAAAAUAGGGUGACAGUACAUUAGAUGCCACUCCAUGUCCCUUCCUAGUUUCUGUUCUUUCCACCAUUUUAGGACUGAUUCUCAUUACCAGAGAAGCUUUACCACCUAAUUGUAAGUGUGGAAGACUUUGUUAAAUCAGGGUAACCCUGGACUCAGCCACUCCCGUCUACUUUCAGUACAGGGAAAGCACACGAGCCCUUUCUCAUGGGUUGGGCAUGAGCAUGUUUUUUGCUUAAGGGGUUUUCCUCUGGCACCACUGACUGCCCAGACAACAGAUGUGCAAAGGAGCUACAAUAAACAAAGCAUGACAACUGAGCUGGAGAAAAGAGAUGCAGAACAAGUAAAAUUUCUAUAAAAGAAACACUGUUAAUUUCCUUUGUCUUCUUCCCUUUAUCUGUUCUCAUCUUUUGCAAGACUGAGAAAUGAUGGGACACCUUGGCCUUGGCUUGCAUGUAAACAAGGAAGAUUAAUUCUCUCUCACCUUAACUUCAGCUGCUAUGAAGAUGACUGAAAUAGCCUGAGAAUGGGAAAUUUGCAUGGACACAUCAAUGCAAGGAAGUUUCAGAGAUCGAGAACUACAGAUUUUUAUGUAAAAUGAUGAGAGUGUAAAUCCUAACAUAAAACUUAUCGACACAGUGAUGGCCCUAAACGCUCCCCCCUGCCCUUUUCUCCAACAACCAGACAGUCACUGUCAUCCAACUUGCCCCUCUUCCCCAUAGCAGAUGAACCAAAAAGCAGUAGAUCAGUGGAAGCAACUAGCACCAAGCUUAUUUGUACAUUUCAGUUUUCAGCAGUGAAGUAUUUCUGAGGUCCUGGGAGCUACAGCUGCACAACAGCUCUGAAAAUCAGGCUACCUAAAAGUGGACUCAAGUGCCUGAAGUUAAACCACCUAUUUGAAUCUUUCCUAUACCAAAGCAAGCUUGAAAUAUUUGCAAGGCAGAUACUAUUUCAAUUGGAGAAUCAGCUUAAACUUCCUAUGUGACACUGCUGUCACAGUAGACAUGGUGUGACAAAAACUGUUUCAUUGCUGCUUUGCUUAGCUCUGUCCUAGUUAAGGUGCCAUGUUUCCAAUUUUUAAGGAUAAUAAUUCAGUAGAAUAGAGUUACCAUAAAGUCCUCUGGGACAGAAGAAUGAUUUCUUUAACUGUAUGACAGAUCAGAUAUUGAGUACCUGGGAAUGCAAUUUUAAAAGAAUAUUAGCUUAAAAGAUUACCUGGAAAAAAGGAUGCAGCUCAGACUGAACAUCAGUUUUUAAUGUGAUGUGAAAAAUCACUCUGAUUGAAUGCUGAUGGUCAGGACAAUGCAGCCAGCAGGGAAUUUGAAUUCAGGUGCCAAUUCAAAUAAAGGUUAUCCUUCAGAAGGUGUUUAUAAAUCAGGACCUCCAUAAGCAACCAUAUGAAUAACCACUUCAGUAUUGUAUCUUUACAUGCUGUAUAUAGUUCUCAUGUAUACACCAGCGACAGCAGAGUGCUUGGAGAAGGAAAAUGUUAUUUAUGGGGAUCAGAGAGGAUCAAAUGCUGGAGUAUUUCUUCAUAAAGUAAGCAGGAAAGUUCCCCUGGAACUUCAGAAGAUCAAGUGCUGCCACAGCCCAUUUUCUGCUGGGUUGGUAACCCCUCCUCAGCCAGAAUCUCCUAAAAACAAGUAGUAGGUGCACCUGAAGACCUUCAGCCCCCGAUCUCCCUGGAUGCCUUAAGCAGUACCAAAAUGCACUUUCAGAGCUUGGGAAGCACAUGGUGUGAGGCUAAGGCCCUUGCAAGCAAGUCUUCUGAGAGGAUCAGUUGUAAACACCGGAGGACAACCCACACACAGCACUGCAAUCCAGGGGUUUAUUGCCUUUUCUCAUUUUCCUGUGGACAGAAUUUACAAUGUAGUAAAACCCAGUGGUGAGCAAAUACUGAUUUGUGGUUAGCUUUGGAGGAGCAUGUGGGGACAAUGAGAUCUGCCAAACAGUAAGAAUUUGUAAAUAAGUACGUUGUUUUGGCUGCAGAAAACACGCUUUACCACCCUGGAGAUGGAGCUGCUAACAUUCAUUAGGGAGCUGA